AUGGCCAAGCUCUGGUUCAAAUUCCAGCGGUACCUCCGCAGGAAACCUGUACGUUUCUUUACCUUCCUGGUGCUCUACCUGACAGCUGGGAGCCUCGUCUUCCUUCACUCUGGUUUUGUGGGUCAGCCUGCUGUCUCCCAGAACCAGGCCAACCCCGCUGCGGGGGCCCCAGUGGAGGGCGCUGAGCUGCCCUUUUUGGGUGACUUAAAUCUGGGCAGAGCCUUCCGGGAUACAGGUGAAACCUCGAGCAUCGCCCGCAGGUAUGGACCCUGGUUCAAGGGCAAGGACGGGAAUGAGAGAGCCAAGCUGGGGGACUACGGGGGAGCCUGGAGCCGGGCCCUCAAGGGGAGGGUCAUCCGGGAGAAGGAGGAGGAGCGAGCUAAGUACAUCGGCUGCUACCUGGAUGACACCCAGAGCCGGGCCCUUCGAGGCGUGUCCUUUUUCGACUACAAAAAGAUGACCAUCUUCCGUUGCCAGGACAACUGUGCAGAACGGGGUUACCUGUAUGCUGGGCUGGAGUUCGGCGCCGAGUGCUACUGUGGCCACAAGAUCCAGGCGACAAACGUGAGCGAGGCGGAGUGUGACAUGGACUGCAAGGGCGAGCGGGGCAGCGUGUGCGGUGGCGCCAACCGCCUCUCCGUCUACCGUCUGCAGCUGGCCCAGGAGUCAGCCCGCAGGUAUGGAAGUGCAGUCUUCCGAGGCUGCUUCCGCAGGCCCGACAACCUCUCCCUGGCCUUGCCCGUGACGGCUGCCAUGCCCAACAUGUCUGUGGACAAGUGUGUGGACCUUUGCACAGAGAAGGAGUACCCACUGGCAGCCCUUGCAGGCACUGCCUGCCACUGUGGCUUCCCCACUACGCGAUUUCCCCUCCACGAGAGAGAGGACGAACAGCUCUGUGCCCAGAAGUGCAGCGCGGAGGAGUUUGAGAGCUGCGGGACACCCAGUUACUUCAUUGUGUAUCAGACGCAGGUCCAAGACAACCGCUGCAUGGACAGAAGGUUCCUUCCAGCCAAGUCCAAGCAGCUCAUCGCUCUGGCCAGCUUCCCAGGUGCCGGCAACACGUGGGCUCGCCACCUCAUCGAGCUGGCCACCGGCUUCUACACCGGCAGCUACUACUUCGACGGUUCUCUCUACAACAAAGGGUUUAAAGGUGAGCGGGACCACUGGCGCAGCGGGAGGACCAUCUGCAUCAAGACGCACGAGAGUGGCCAGAAGGAGAUCGAGGCCUUCGACUCAGCCAUCCUGCUCAUCCGCAACCCCUACAAGGCCCUCAUGGCGGAGUUCAACCGCAAGUAUGGCGGACACGUCGGCUUUGCUGCCCAUGCCCAUUGGAAGGGCAAAGAGUGGCCAGAGUUCGUAAGGAACUACGCCCCGUGGUGGGCCACGCACACACUGGACUGGCUCAAGUUCGGCAAGAAGGUGCUGGUGGUGCACUUUGAGGAUCUGAAGCAGGACCUCUUCGUCCAGCUGGGCCGGAUGGUCGGCCUGCUGGGCGUGGCUGUCAGGGAGGACCGACUGCUGUGUGUGGAGAGCCAGAAGGACGGCAACUUCAAGCGCUCGGGGCUCCGGAAGCUGGAGUACGACCCCUACACGGCGGACAUGCAGAAGACCAUCUCUGCCUACAUCAAGACGGUGGAUGCGGCCCUUAAAGGGAGGAACCUCACGGGCGUUCCCGAUGACUACUACCCCAGAUGAUGGGUCGGAGCAGGGCGGGGAGCUGGCGGUCCAGACCAAGCAGGCCCUGGGGACUCCAGACCCCUGGGGGCC